AUGUUUGACGCCUGCAUGGCAAAGUUCAGUAGGUGGGGCGACGAAUCGCGCACUCAGCUGGCAGAGAAGGUAAAGCAGUCGACCGCUACUUGGAAAAUUGUCAGCCCCCACUACAGUUCAUACAACCAUUACGGAGAGAACGGAAUGAACAAAUGGUUUAACACUUUGCGAGGCUUGGGUGUCCGAGUGUGGCUGAACGGCCACACUCAUGGCGAGAAACACGACUACUCUGCGUCGUUGGGUAUUCACUGUUUGGAGAAUGGUGCGGGUGGUGGUAUUCAGAGUGAAAGUGCUAGUGGAAUUCCUCGUUAUGCUGCUAGUUACGUCAAAAAUGUGUGGACCUACACGAGUGGUGAGUAUGGAUUUAUGUCGCUACAGGCUUCGAAGGAGUGGAUUAAGCUUCAAUACCACACGGCGGAUUCUUCGUGGGUGUAUUUUGGACGUGAUUUCGCUAGUACCACGAUAGGCGGUGUUGCAACUAAGCACUGCUGGUACAUUCCUAUUGACGGUACGGAAGGUAGAUGA